UUCCUUGAAGCUUCGCAGAAAAAAGACAAUUCUUUCAUCAGAGUUAGGAAUGUGGACAGUACACAAUCGAGAGAGUUUGGGGAUUCUCUCUUUCCCGGUGAUGAUUGCCAUGGUCUGUUGUGGACACAGCGCCAAUGAACCCAGCAACAUGUCAUACGUGAAAGAGACUGUGGACAGAUUGCUCAAAGGCUAUGACAUUCGCUUGCGGCCGGACUUUGGAGGACCCCCAGUGGACGUGGGGAUGAGGAUCGACGUGGCUAGCAUAGACAUGGUGUCAGAAGUGAACAUGGAUUAUACACUCACUAUGUAUUUCCAGCAGUCUUGGAAAGACAAAAGACUUUCCUAUUCUGGAAUCCCACUAAACCUCACACUAGACAACAGGGUAGCUGACCAACUCUGGGUACCAGACACAUACUUUCUGAAUGACAAGAAAUCCUUUGUGCAUGGGGUUACAGUGAAGAAUCGAAUGAUUCGGCUACAUCCUGAUGGGACAGUUCUCUACGGACUCCGGAUUACAACUACAGCUGCAUGCAUGAUGGAUCUACGGAGAUACCCUUUGGAUGAACAAAACUGUACCCUGGAGAUUGAAAGCUAUGGCUAUACCACUGAUGACAUUGAGUUUUACUGGAACGGAGGAGAGGCAGCAGUAACUGGAGUGAAUAAAAUUGAACUUCCCCAAUUUUCAAUUGUUGACUAUAAAAUGGUUUCCAAGAAGGUUGAGUUCACAACAGGGGCAUAUCCACGACUGUCGCUAAGUUUCCGUCUAAAAAGGAACAUCGGUUACUUCAUUUUGCAAACCUAUAUGCCUUCCACACUGAUUACAAUUCUGUCCUGGGUUUCUUUUUGGAUCAACUAUGAUGCUUCUGCAGCCAGAGUGGCGCUAGGAAUCACCACCGUGUUGACCAUGACAACCAUCAGCACUCACCUCAGGGAGACCCUGCCAAAGAUCCCUUAUGUCAAAGCAAUUGAUAUUUACCUGAUGGGUUGCUUUGUGUUUGUGUUCCUGGCUUUGCUGGAAUAUGCCUUUGUAAAUUACAUCUUCUUUGGAAAAGGACCUCAGAAAAAGGGAGCUGGCAAACAAGACCAGAACGCCAAUGAAAAGAAUAAGUUGGAGAUGAAUAAAGUCCAGGUCGAUGCCCAUGGCAACAUCCUGCUGAGCACUCUGGAGAUCCGGAACGAGACGAGCGGCUCCGAAGUGCUCACCGGUGUGAGCGACCCCAAGACCACCAUGUACUCCUAUGACAGUGCCAGCCUCCACUACCGCAAGCCCCUGAGUGGCCGCGAGGGCUAUGGGCGCGGGCUAGACCGGCAUGCUGCACACAACAAGGGCCGCAUCCGCAGACGUGCAUCGCAGCUCAAAGUCAAAAUCCCCGACUUGACUGAUGUGAAUUCCAUCGACAAGUGGUCCCGAAUGUUUUUUCCCAUCACAUUUUCUCUUUUCAACGUCGUGUAUUGGCUUUACUAUGUGCACUAAGAUCUGUCCUAAUGGUCCCU